UCGGCCCCUCGGUGUGGAGGCCCCGGGCGUCCGGUGGGUGGCAGGCCCCGAAGCCUCGGGGGUGGGAGUGGGCUUCCCGAGGGCAUCCCGGCCCGCCUGUCUUAGGACAGGGGAGCCCUGGGCUGCGGGUUCCUGCGUGGACCGAAUCAGGGUUCUCCGGUCCAGGAAGCCCCCGGUGGGGGCCUCGUGAUCCCCACCCUUCCGGGUUUUGUCCGGCUCGGCGGAGGGGCGUGAGGCCCCUGAGCUGGCUUGCUCAACGCGGAGUCGGCGCGCGCAUCCCCGCCGCUCAGACUUUUUGAAUCAGACCCCGCUGCGGCCGGGAGUCUGGCCCUUCAGCAGACGUCCUCGACGGUUUGGUGCAGAUGGGCCUUCGCACCACAGAGGCCUCCGUGGCUGCAUCCGAGGAGUGCCACCACAGGGGCUAGCCUUGGGCUGCGGUCCCCAGAUGGCAGCAGAUAAGGUCUGGGACUGCGAUUAUUUUGAAGUUUUUGAAAGUGUAAGGCCAACUUUUAGGUGUCCGAGGGAGCGAUGGCAGGCCGCGAGGCAGAAGUGCUGGAUAUUCUUCGGCUGAAUGUGGGUGGCUGCGUUUACACGGCCCGGCGUGAGUCUUUGUGCCGCUUUAAGGACUCUAUGCUGGCAUCUAUGUUUAGUGGCCGCUUUCCUCUAAAAACAGAUGAAUCCGGGGCAUGUAUUAUAGACCGCGAUGGACAUCUAUUCAAAUACAUUUUGGACUAUCUCCAUGGGGAGGUUCAGAUUCCUACGGAUGAACAGACUCGAGCCGCCCUGCAGGAAGAGGCUGACUACUUUGGCAUCCCUUACCCAUACAGCCUGUCUGACCACUUGGCCAAUGAGAUGGAGACAUAUUCUUUAAGGUCAAAUAUAGAACUUAAAAAGGCUUUAACAGACUUCUGCGAAUCAUAUGGCUUAGUUUGCAAUAGGCCAACAGUUUGGGUUCUCCACUAUCUUAACACAUCUGGUGCAAGCUGUGAGAGUAGAAUUAUUGGUGUCUAUGCUACAAAAACUGACGGGACAGAUGCCAUCGACAAGCAGCUGGGAGGAAGAAUUCAUAGUAAAAGCAUUUUCAAAAGAGAGGCGGGGAAUAAUGUUCAGUACAUUUGGAGCUAUUACUCUGUAGCCGAGUUGAAGAAAAUGAUGGAUGCCUUUGAUGCUUGGGAAGGAAAAGGUGUAAGCUACUGGCGUGUGCCCCACGAGCUCAUAGAGUGCUGGACGUUGGAAGAGCGCCCUUUACAUGGAAGCCUGCGCCAUAUGGCCCCAAUUCGAAAGAGGAGGCUGGCGGCCCUCAGCGAAGAGGAUGAAGGUGUGAGCUGCAGGGCUGCUCCGAAGCCGGUCAGAUUUUUGGGCCCUUCCACGAGCACCCAAAUUAAAGUCAAGAAUUCGGCUUCAGUCAGGGUGUCACCUGCCAGUGCUGCCCAGAUCUCCUCUCAGGCUACAGCAAACAGGUCCCAAAGAGGCAGCUGUGGAAGGGCGGCCCAGUGCUCCGCGGCCACAGGGGCAUCUGGGCACGCGCCUGCUUCCCCUGAUGCCCAGGGUUCGGAGAACCACAGCACACAGCCGCCUCCUGUCAAAGUGCUCCUCUCUGACAAGAAGUCUCCCCCCAACCGAGUGAUCAAGCUGAGAAGGACUCCACUGUGUGUGGGGCCUUCCCUGCCCAUCCCCUCAGCAGGGAGCCAGGCCGGCCCCCACCAGCAGCCUUCUCCCGAAGCUUCCAGCACCCUGGUUGUGCAGACUGACAACAGUAAAGACCAGCCUGAUGGAUAAAGUGACUUGAAACUGUCCAUGUGGCCCACAGCUUCCAGCGUGCUGGUUCCAGCAGCGUUCUUGGGGUGGAAAGGGAAACCAGUGUAGAUGUUUAGUAUUAUUACAGGAAGAAUGAAUGCCGAGACGUGGGAGGAGAGGAGGAGACUUUGUGGUUGGGGUUAUUAUUUUCUUUCCGUUUUCCUAAGCUUGUCUAUGUGCAGUUCUAGUUUUUAAUUUUAAGUUUUAUUUAAAUGGUUAAUUGAUACCAAGGCAACCAAGCAGUAAGAAGUCUCCCCUUUUUGCAGUAUUAGAGCCGCUCAGCCACGUUUAUAAUGCUGUUCUGGCAGUCCAAGGGUAGGACUGAUGUCUGGGCAUAGGCGCAGAGGGGCCACCUGUGCUGGCCACGCUGUACGGAGGCCAGGAGAGCUCUCAGAUGGAGUGUGAAUCCACAGGCUGCUCACAGUUGCCUCUUCUCCAAAGACAACAUGAAAAGAAGUGAUGGGAAAGAAGAGUAUAAUUAAAGGUCAGACGUUGACGUUC